AUGUUUUCUAGAGCAGUAUCCAGGCUUCGCAACACAAAAAGGCUUCUCAGUACAGUUUCGUCACAAAUCCCAGGCACACGAACCUCGAAGUUACCCAACGGGCUAACUAUAGCUUCGGAAUACAUCCCGAAUACAUCUUCAGCUACAGUCGGGAUAUUCGUCGAUGCUGGCUCCAGGGCUGAAAAUAUCAAGAAUAACGGAACGGCUCAUUUUUUGGAGCAUUUGGCGUUCAAGGGAACUCAAAAUAGGUCACAACAGGGAAUCGAAUUGGAGAUUGAAAAUAUAGGAUCUCACUUAAAUGCGUAUACCUCGAGAGAAAACACGGUAUACUAUGCCAAGUCCUUACAGGAGGAUAUCCCCAAGGCUGUUGAGAUCCUGAGUGAUAUAUUAACAAAAUCUGUUUUGGAUAGUAAUGCCAUUGAAAGGGAAAGAGACGUUAUAAUUAGAGAAAGUGAGGAAGUGGAUAAGAUGUACGACGAAGUUGUUUUUGAUCAUCUUCAUGAGAUCACUUAUAAAGACCAACCAUUGGGAAGGACCAUUCUGGGACCCAUUAAGAAUAUCAAAUCUAUAACAAGGUCUGAUCUAAAAAAUUACAUAACAAAAAACUAUAAAGGUGACAGAAUGGUACUGGCUGGUGCAGGUGCCGUUGACCAUGAAAAAUUGGUGGAACAUGCCCAAAAAUAUUUUGGUCAUGUACCCAAAUCUGAAUCACCUGUCCCGUUAGGUUCACCAAGAGGUCCACUGCCAGUCUUUUACCGAGGUGAGAAGCUCAUUGAGGAAAAGACGCUGCCCACCACACAUGUCGCCAUUGCACUAGAAGGUGUUUCGUGGUCCGCUCCUGAUUAUUUUGUUGCUUUGGCUACGCAAGCUAUUGUUGGUAAUUGGGACAGAGCCAUUGGCACAGGGACAAAUUCUCCCUCUCCAUUGGCUGUAUCAGCCAGUCAAAAUGGACCUUUGGCCAAUUCGUAUAUGUCGUUUUCCACAUCAUACGCAGAUUCAGGCCUGUGGGGGAUGUAUAUCGUCACUGAUUCUAAUGAGCAUAACGUGAAGUUAAUUGUAGAUGAAAUUCUAAAGGAAUGGAAAAGGAUAAAGUCAGGAAAAAUCUCAGACACAGAGGUGAACAGAGCAAAGGCUCAACUAAAGGCAGCUUUGCUUCUAUCGUUAGACGGUUCAACAGCCAUUGUCGAAGAUAUCGGUAGACAAGUGGUGACAACAGGUAAGAGAUUAUCACCUGAAGAAGUUUUCGAACAAGUGGAUAAAAUUACUAAGGACGAUAUUAUUAUGUGGGCAAAUUAUAGAUUACAAAACAAGCCUGUUUCAAUGGUUGCUCUUGGAAAUACAUCUACUGUCCCCAAAGUCUCUUACAUCGAAGAGAAACUAAAUCAAUAA